AUGGCUCCCACUCCUUCCAGAAUCCCCUCAUCCGCCCUCCACUCAGAGCCUUCAACGUACACCUAUGGAGGCAUCCCACUGAAACCUUCAGAUUACUCCGCCGAGGCCUCUGUGCCGCCCUCCUCCUCCUCGCAAAGUUUCCCCCGCAUCUCCCUUCCAGUCCCCAUGCUACGGCACGAAUACGACGUCGUGGUGGUAGGCAGCGGUUACGGCGGCGGAGUAGCGGCCUCGCGAAUGGCGCGCGCGGGCAAAUCCGUAUGUGUCCUCGAAUUCGGCAAGGAGCGAUGGCCGGGCGAGUACCCUGUCUCGACGGUCGAGGCGGUCAAGCAACUACACGUUUCCGGCAAUGCCGGGAGCACGGGUGGCGCGGUCAAAAACCUCGAGAUGGGAGAGCCGAACGGAAUGUUCCAUCUCAUCCAAGGCGAAGGCCAGAAUGCAUUUGUCGCCAACGGACUCGGCGGCACGAGUCUGAUCAAUGCAAACAUCUUCCUCGAGACCGACGACCGCACGAUGACGCUGGACAAGAGCUUUCCCGAGGAGCUGAGAACACCAGGCGCGCUGUCAGAGUACUAUGAUAGGGCGAGGAGCAUGCUGCAGCCUACACCCUAUCCUGAAGACCACCCCGAACUCAUGAAGUUGAACUUGCUAAAGAAGCAGGCGGACUUGAUGGAACUGGAGGAAAAGUUCUAUCGGCCCCCACAGACGACCUUCUUUAAGGAUGGACUGAACAGUACUGGCGUCGAGAUGAAAGCCUCGACGCUGUCAGGCCAAGACUGCACCGGCGUCAACGACGGUAGCAAGAGCAGCGUGCUGAUGAACUAUCUCCCCGAUGCCUGGAACUGGGGAGCCGAAAUCUUCUGCGAAUGCGAAGUCCGCUUCAUCAAGAAAGACCCGUCCGGGAAAAGCUACAUCGUUUUCUUCGCAUGGCACGGCAACAACGGGAACCGGUCCGAAUUUGAAGAUCUGUUCCACCGGGAGCUGAUGUGGGUUCGCGCCAAGGAACUGUGCUUCCUCGCUGCAGGCACCCUGGGAACCACAGAGAUCCUUCUCCGCAGCAAGUCCCACGGCAUGAAGAUGAGCCCAACCGUCGGCCACAAUAUGAGCGGGAACGGGGAUAUACUGGCCUUCGGCUACAACACCGACGAGACCGCCAAUGCGAUCGGCCGGCAAAGUCCGCCCAAAGAUGACCUUCUCCGGCCCGUUGGCCCGACCAUCACCGGGGUCAUAGAUAUGCGAGACGAGGAGGACGUUCUGGACGGAUUCGUGCUCGAAGAGGGGGCCGUGCCACAGGCGCUUGGAGGUGUCCUGCAGCUCCUGAUGGACGCUACCCCAGGAAAGGAAUAUCCCGUAAAGCGCACCAGCCAGCAGCGCAUCCGCAAGUUUCUGGCGCGUGCAUCGAACUUUGCAUUCGGACCAUGGCACCCAGGCACUUCGCUCAACCGAACCCAGGUCUACCUGAUCAUGAGCCACGACUCGAAUUCAGCGACCCUGACCCUCGAGAAGGAUAAAACAUACCUCCGCUUCGAAGGCGUCGGCCGAAGCCAGCAUGUCAAGCAGCUCAACAACUUCAUGGCCAAGGCAACCCAUGCCAUCGGCGGCGCCUUGGUCAACUCGCCGUUCUUCACGUGGGGACAGGAGCAGAUCACGGUUCACCCGAUCGGCGGCGCCAACUUGAGCUUCAGCGGAACGGGCGAGGACGGUGUCACGAACCACAUCGGCGAGGUGUUUACCGGAAACGGGACCGAGGUACACGACGGUCUCUUCUGCGUCGACGGAUCGGUGGUUCCCUGCGCCCUCGGAGUAAACCCAUUCGCCACCAUCACCGCUCUGGCCGAGAGGUCACUUGACCUCCUGACGAAGCAGCGCGGGCUGACAAUCGAUCUGGAGACGAAGAAUGGAAAGCUCGAUCUGAUAAAUGGGAAGCCUAGAGUGAGCUGGCCGUUGAUGGAGGAUAUGCAAUUGGCCUACAAAUCGAUCCAGGAUGCGGCCGGGAAGAGCGGCGUCAGGUUCGCGGAGGUCAUGGACGGUCAUGUGUAUCUGGGCGACGAUAUCGACAGCUUUGAAAUCGCGGAGGGAGUAGCGCAGGGCAAUGACAGCACAGCGAGAUUCCUCUUGAGCGUGGACACCUACAGCACUGAAAACCUCGUCAAUCGUGCGGACCAUGCCUCUAUGAUAACCGGUACCUUCACCUGCAGCUCUCUCAGCAAGGACCCAUUCUUGGUUCUCCGAGGCGGAGUCCAGUUCUUCUCGCCGGACGAACGGGAUCCCGACACCAGAAACUUGGCGUACAAGUUCGAUCUUCUCGGGACCGAUGGGCAAAAACUGCACUUCGAUGGAUACAAGGUCAUCGACUCGGCGAUGGCCUUUUCCGUCUCCAACACAUGGAAGGCGACAACCACCCUCUAUGUCACCAUCACUCGGCCCGAUAAGUCCAGGGUUGCCCGAGGGAUCCUUCACAUCAAGGGGAGCAACUUCGUUCGGGAGAUGAAGGGAUUCGGCCCGAGUGGCGCACCAGGGAUGCUGAAACGGCUCACCAGCAUGAAUCGCUUCCUGCUCAACUUCACCCUUCAAACGAGCAAGUCCUUCUUCUUUUCCUUCCAGAGCCUGAGCAACGGCGAGGUAGCCAUCAAGAGCAACUCCAAGGUCCAGCCGUCAAAGGUGGUGACGUUGACCGCGGAAGACGGCGUGCAGACAACUAUGCAUUGCUGGAGCCCUCGGCUAUCCAACUCCAACCUGCCGCCUCUCUUGUUUGUUCCCGGAGCAUCCGUGGACCACCAAAUCUUUGCCCUUCCGACCGUCGAUACAAACGCCGUAGAGUUCUUCCUCGAGAAGGGGUUCAACGUGUACAUCGUGACGCACAGGAUUGGGAGGACCGAGAUUGCGAAGAAGGGGUACACGAUAUACGACGCCCGAUUGGAUGUCAAAGCAGCGAUGAAGUAUGUGCGGGACGAUUCGCGGCAGCCGCAGAUGUACUGUGUGGCUCAUUGCGCUGGAUCGGUCGCCCUCUCGAUGGGGUUGCUCGAUAGCACGAUUCCGGCGAACUGGAUCAAGGGGUUAACAGCAUCGCAAGUCAUGCCGGUGUUCCGUGCAAACGGCUCUCACUGUCCAUCUGUCCAGAUCGCGCUGGCCGGUGACCCCAUGUCCUCGAUAGACCUUGACCCGCCGAUAUGCACGGCCGUCUCGCGCUUUUUCCGAGCGGUUCGCGACAGUUGUCUAUUCUUCAAUCCGCUUUUCGCCAAUGUCAACAUGCUCAAAGCCAGUUCGCCCGUACCGCUAUCGAAUGUGUACGAAAAGUUCGCAGGAGACUGGUUCGACUGCGUAUCAUCUCCGAACGAUGGCGUCUUCCAACGGUUGACCGACCAACUUCUGAGGCUCUACCCCGUGGGAAGCCGGGAAGAGAUGUGUAGCUCGAGGACAUGUCACCGCAGUGAGCUCGUGUUCGGAAGGCUUUGGACCCACAAGCGGUUGAAUAAGGCCACGCACGAUAGCCUGCACACCCUUCUGGGUGGAAUCUCGAUGAAUUGCCUGGAGAAGUUGAUGCAUGCAGGCACUAGCGGUGCAGUCUUUGAUAACGAGGGGAUUUCACUCAUCAGCGAAUCGAAUCUUGGCCGGCUGGAGGGUAUUCCAAUACUGUUCAUCCACGGAGGGAAGAACGCAGUGUUCUCACCCGAGAGCACCACACGGUCGUUUGAGACGCUCCAGGACCUCUUCUCGAAGCGAGACUAUGAGCGUGUAGUGUUCCCGGAAUACGGCCAUCUCGAUUGUUGGAUGGGUGAAGAUGCCAACGAAGAUGUAUAUGUCCGAGUCCACGAGCACAUUGAGGACCUGAUGGAGGCAUCAAAUGCACGAAACCCCCUUUCCGAGACGGCUGCACGGAUUUCAGGUCCGGUGUAGGGGAAUACGUGGCGCCUGUGGUGCUAUGGAAUGGAAUGGGUCGCAGGCCCGCAAGGUGGAUGCAGAACCGCUACAACCGACCGUCUUUGUUGUCGCUGAGCCGACGUCUAGUGAGUGGGAGGGGGGGAUGAGGAGGGGAUGGUAAUGUUGUGGUUGGACUCUGAAAACUGCCGGCUGAUGCCGCCGCAUCAGC